AUUUUCUUUAUUUGUUGUUUACAUUUUAAGAACAAUCGAUAACAGAUUGGUCAUCAACUACUGGUUACAACUGCAAAAACUGCUGUUUCAAUAAACAUUUUCCAAUGCUUUAUAGCUUACGUUUCCUUGUUUUUUCGUCCAUUAAGUAUCUUUACUUGGCAAAUUUCUUUGUUUUUGUCCCCUGCGCAACGAAGUUGGCAUUUUUCACUUCUGUACAAAGUUUUGUAGAAAGGGGCGCGUUCACUUGAUUAAGUUAGACGUAGAGCCCCUCCUCCUUGGCGUUGACAAUCUCGUAAACAGUGGGGUGCCCAUAAGCCUGUAUCGUCUAUCCAUAUUUUAAUGUAGCAAAGUGAACAAUGUCAUACUGAAUCCAACAGCUUGUGAAAGUUGAUAUCUAUUUUUGCCUGUUUGCCUUAUUCUCGAGUCAUUAAUGAAAUGUUUUUGCUAGAUAAAUGUCACUUUUGUCUUGAAAGUAAAGAAUGAGUUUUUGAAAUCAGGUCGGUUUAUAAGAAAAAUUUUCAAUCUAAGGUUCCUGUACAUGAAAGCAGCAGUUGCAACGAAAUUCUGCAAAAAUAUUCUGAGCAUGAAAUCAACCAAUCUUGCCAGGCAAAUACAUUGUAAAGUGGUUUUUUUGUCCGUUUAAUUUGUUUUUAUUCGGUUUCAAGAUAUAUUCUUUAUCUGGUUUUUUCAAAAUUCCAAAUAAACCCACACUAUGGAGAAUGAACGAAAAUCCCCCACCGAAUUAUUGUAUCCAUGUAUGGUAUUCUGAUAUGAGUUUAUUUCAGAUCCAUUUAAAAUUUCAACGAUUGUUGUGAAGACAGAUAAGAAAUUUCAAAUGUCGACCCGCAUUGAGUCAUGGUAAACGUGUAACAGUUAUUCUGUAUUGGCCUAAAGCUCAAACCAUUUUCCACGCAUAAUGAUAUCAUGGCUUCUUGAGUUUGCCUUUCAAGCAAUAGGAUUGUUUAACAAAAAACAUUUUCAUCGACGCAGGCAAAUACGUUGAUACAAACGUGCAUCCCGCAAAAUAUACAGGGGCGGUGCUACAGUUUGUGCUGGGGUCGAUAUUUCCACCCCACUUUGUGUAAUGAUUAAUUUUUUAAUUGCAUCCAUAAUAAAUGAGAAAAUAGUAGAAGGGGUGCCAAGGAUACAAAUAACAGCACUGGAUUAUACGAUGACAAUUUAGUCGAGGUCGAAAUGUCUGUGCCAUUUUUUUGUGCAAUACCGUUCAAAGCGGGUGUUGCCAGCACUUAAAAGGGCGAGGAACCUUUCCCUGGCACCCCACAUAUUUCUGUUUCGCACCAACCCUGAAACCACACUCUCUCAGAAAGUAAGUCCUCCAGGAAAGUUUGCCCUUCAGGGAAGUUCCCUCUCCCGGAAAGUUCAUCCUCCAGGAAAGUACGUUCUUUUCGAAAGUACGCCCUACGAAGGCUCUCAUAUUUUUUUAAGCUUAGAUGUCAUUGAUGCCCCCUGAAGAUAAUGGUGUCCGUUGCCCCUAUCUCGAAAUAAUACAUGGUAUGGGGCUGGUUUUUUCGUCUAGUUUAUCUUCAAUCUUUUAGUCAUGUAGCUGUUUGUUUCAAAAUUGGACAAAAUUGAAGAACACAUUUCGUUAAAAGACCCAAACAACAACUUCUGUAUAUUGAAACUGUACAAUUUUGACUCAUAACCGAUAGCAGUUAACCUCUGCACUUAACAUUUAUGAUUGUCCUAAACCGUUUAGAUUUUUCAACAACUUGAUUUAUUCUUGAUAAUUUGAUUUAGUUUAUGGACAUUUUGACCAAGACCUCUCAAUUCAAGAGGGACAUGUUCAUCUCCAAAAUUUCUACUCGAGUGGGUAUUUUCAAAUGAUUCAAAAUCAACUGCUAAAAAUGGCGUUUCCCAUUUUUCACUUCUCCAUAGGACGCAAUAGCCUUCUGGACAAUUCAGCCCUAGAAGCUGUUCUUUCUGUUUACUCCAGUCUUUUCACUCUGGUGACGCUGCAUUGUUAGGCUUGAUAACUUUUGACCAAAAAUAACCUUUGGUGACACUAUCGAGUUUGUGUCUGAUUGCCCUUCUGGCGUAUUGGAACUCUCUGGUUGGUGUAAGUGGUGUUCUUUGUUUUGCCAACUGUAUAAUCGAUGAUAAUAUAGCCAUAUGACUAUGAUUGUGAGGACCCUCCGCAGAUUGUAAAGCAGCGCAGAAUGUGACAACAGUGCCCCUACUACUAAAUGUUUUUAAUGAUAGAUGUUUUUAAACCAAACGUCCUAGUCAUCUGAAUCAAAUAUCCUUGUUGCCACAUGUCUCUCGUAUUUUUGCUACCAGCUGGACGUCUGUUUUGCACGGAAUAAAAUUCCUUUUUGUGUUCCGUUUACGUCAAAGCUUCAAUGUCAUGGCGGAUAUCUUUUUACGGACUUUUAGGGUAUGGUUAGGUCGACGGAAGAAACAAAACUGUUAAUUGUCUUUCUUAAACUUCGUUUAACUAAGCUUGAGCAAAAAACAAAAGCAAUGUCGCUAAGUGACCAGGUUAACACCCCUUCCUGAAAGAAUUUUAUCGCCCCUGUCUUAUCACCUCACCUAAAGCAACUUUUUUUUGUGAAGAAAGCUCAAAAUUAUUUACGAGACAAGAAAGUGAGAAAAAUGCGGUUUCCUCUGUUGUUCUUGAUACUUGUUGUUUAAAGGCAAUUUUUAUGGCGGGCGUUCCUGGAGAUAUCGUAUUUUUCUAGUAAGAACUUCGUUUCUAUCUAUCCCAUUUAUCUCUAUCUAUUUAUCCAUCAGCUAUGUUUCAGCCUGUUUUUUAAGAAAAUUAAUUUGCCGUUCAGGAUGUUGCUUUGAAUAGGGAAGCCAGACCUCUGAUAAGUUUAAUUUGCUGUUAAAUUUUUUUCCUUAGCAAUACACCUGCAAAAGACUAAGAAAAUUGGCCUUCUCCCCAAAUUUUAUUAUUCUUUAAAUGAAUAAGUUUAUGCUUGUCGCCGUUCCGUUAAUUUGCUUUAACACUAAUCUGUGUGCUUUAGUCAUUAAAGAAAAUGCGCUAUAAUAAUGCGUGGAGUCUGUUUAAAAACUUAUUAUUUUCUGAUAAAAAGGAAAAACCCAACCAAGAUUUCAGUUGAUUAAUUUUCAUAAGCGCCGAUUUUUCAUAGUUGCCGGGACAAUGGUAUAGGAUUGUUGCAGAUUAACGAUAGCAAUAGCUUUAACAGCGCGAUUUUAAUGUGUUUAUUAUAUUGCAUAGCAAUCGCUGAUUUCAAGUAAGUAAUACCUUAAUGAAUAAGCAAUUUAACAAGUUAAGAACUACAAUCAUUUUUUGCGACCAAAUGCUCCUCCACUUCUCCGCUCCACUCUUACAUUUCCAGACAUGUUGCUAUGUAAACUGGGUACCAGAGCCAUCAAAUUUCGAGCGCGAAAACUAAGCGGAGCGGCAAAGAGACGGAUACGCUCCACUUCUAUUUUCUGCGUUUUUAAGAAUAUGUGGCUCUGGUAACUAGGGUAGUUGCUCUGGCACCUCUGGCAGUCCGCGAAACCAUGUGUCAUGUUUCUUUCCACAAAUUUUCAUAGCUGCUCUUUAAUUAUUAAUUCGAAUAUGAAUCAAAAGAGAAUAUAUUUUGAAAAUGAUCAAAUUAUUUCUCAUAUGCGUUUUAAAACACAUUUUUUAACGCCCAAAAAACCUUAACGGGACUCAGCAGACCCAAUUGCAGAAAUGUGCGGUCAUUUUAGGAUAACAUUGAUUAAGAUUGAAUUUAGAAAGCACUAUUUUCAAUUGAAGAAUUUUAGGAGCAAAAUUUUCAACUUCCUCCUUAUUCUCUCUACUUUAUACUUUCCACAUGUCAAAUGUAUCGAGUAUCGGAAACUCAGUCGCUGUUUUUUCACAUGAGAAGAAAUGGGCUGUAUUUUGUUCUUUCAUACAAUACGAUGCGAAUUUUGAAAGCAUUAAAUACCAAAAUUUUGUAGUUUUUCGUCAAAAUGAUUAGCUGGAUGCAAUAAGACUUUAGACGCAAACAGUAAAAAAUGCACUUUGUUCGUAAAGACCAGUAUACUGUUAACGGAAGUGAAGUCUCUAGAUAAAAUAUCACGAGUUUCAAAUAAAAGUAUUUUCUACCAUAAGAACAUUACUAUCUCCGUUUGUUAUUCUUAGUUUAUCCUGCUUUGGUUCAGUUUCUGCUAAAAAUUCAAAAACCGUUUGAGUCUCUUAUCUUUAGUAUUAAUCCUUAAAAUCAAGUGCAACUUUUCUUCAAGUACAAACAAUUACAAAUAGAUCCUAAAUGAACUUGCUGAAAUUAAUAUCACGAAUCUCUCAAGAAACAAAAACACUGAAAUUGGCGGUUAAGUGUUUUACUAUGCUAGUAACCAAUUACAGUUGAUUCAGUUCAUGGUUUUAAGUAUUUUUGUGGAAUAACUGGGGGCUGAAGGCUCCCUGACCCGCCUCUCUGUUCAUGAUUACUGCCUAUCUCAGUGGCAGGGGUCAUGAAUAAUGCUAGUAGUAUUAAUAAAUACUUGGUUAGGUUUAUCGAACAGGAUUACGCCUGUUUGCAGAGUGAAUAUAUAAGCUUCAAACUGAUUGCUACUUCUAUUUGAUCCAUGUUUGUAAAAUAAACAGCUUUCGUUGCGUGAUAUGAUAUUGUAGCCAUUGCGUAAGAAUUUAUCUGAAUUAUUUCAUUUUACUUUUUAAUCAAAUAGGCGCUGCAAGCCUGAUCAUAUUUUAUAAACAAUCAGAUCACAAAGUUAGCUAUCAAAGAAGCUGACAACAAUAAGCAAGCCACAUUUCAAGUCCAUAGUCCAUCGUGUUCCAUUGAAGACUGUUUAUAAAAUCAGUACAAAAGAGUAGGUUGCAAAGGUGACCAACCGGUAGGAGGAAAAGUACAUCCGAUAAAUAGAAAGCCGUCGCUCAAUCAUAGCUUUGUAAAUGGAUUUUUCAAUUGUUGCACUUGAAAAUGGAAUGUUUAACAAAUAAAAAUUCACCACUCACUGUCAAAGAAUCGAUUAGAAUAAGUCAGGAAAAUGUUUUUAUAAUGAAAUGACAGGUAGUUUCAACAACCCAGCAUUUUUGCGGACUUCUGUGUUUUUGUCUGUAACGGGAUGAUUUUUUGUAACAAAAUUAUAACUAGGUAGUCCUUCUUGCAUUUUGUUGAUGAAGAGAAAGGGAUAUGCUCUUUUAAGUGGUAUAAUUCUCAGCUACUACUAAAAUUAAAUCUUUGCUGAAACAACUCUUACCAACUCUCUAGGUCACUUGCCAUUAAUUUUCCAAAACAUUUUCCCAUACGAAAAUUCUCAGCAAUGGGCGUGUUUUCGCGUGUUUUGUGGGUCAGCUGAUUUAACUAGAAAAAAAUUGCUCGUAAAAACUGAUUCAUCUGCUUCAAGCACGGAUAAAGCUACUGUGCAGCCUUGGAUUAUGUUCUUCAGCACGUGGACUCCAGUUCGCUAGCAAUGGACAUGUUUUUGUUCACAACAUUGGUCUGUGAUGAGUUUCAAAGAAGAAUCGUGUUCCCUUGGAAACUGAACUACGCAAGUAAUAACGUGGCUAGAAAUAUUUGCACAUUUGAAGUGCUGUCUAUCGAUUUUAAGUAUUUAAUAGAUAGGAACCCAAGGAGCCGGUGAAAAGCAAGUCAAACUUGGCGAUGAGCGGAUGCAGCGACUGUUUAAAAAAGAAAGUCUUACAUUGCAGAGGCUCAUGGCCAUCAAACGUCCUGAUUUUAAAUUUGAAUCUAUUAUCCAAAGAUAUUCAACAUGAUGUCUUUCAGUAAGAUAUGUGUUAAUGCUGAAGGAAAAUAUUCUAGUUGAACAAUUGUUCAACAAGGGACUCAACGCAGAGUAACAGCUUAUUGAGACAGAGGGGCCAUUCAGGCGCUUUGACAAACACCUGUUCAAACUCAAUCCGACCCGACACCAGCAAAUGUUAAUUACUAGAAUUCCAAAGAAUAAUGUAUGUUGAAUUUAAUUCAACGCUUUGUAAACAUCACUCGUGUAGAAGAUGCUGUUGCGCCAAUGGAAAUAUGACAAAAUGUUGCUUAUCUAACUGUAGUUGAUUGGUACAAACAAAGGAUUUGAGAACAUUUCGAAUCUGAUCUGUCAGUUUACAGUUCAUCAAGUUUUCCGAAGAGUCUCCUUGGUGAUCUUCAUUUGCAAUGGAAUAGUGUAUUUUGCAUAAUCUUCAAAAACUAUCUACGCAGUUUAUAUUCAAUGGAUUGUUAGGUAUCAGAGUUGUUCAUGCUCACGAUGAAGCUUUGUUCAAGUCAUAAGUAAAGAAUAUAACAUUCAAGAUAAAUAUCUGAUGUGCAACUGUAACAUAAUGCAAGAUGCGAUAACAGAGGCAGAUCGGCUUGUAUGAAGUAACAAUUGGUUUAUCGUGAUUUGAAUAUAUAGAAAGUUGAGGAUUCAGGAAAAAUCAUUUGAAAUGUUCCCUCGAAGACUUCGUUUAAGGAAAUCUCGCUUUGUGAUUUUGACAUGGAUGACGGUAAUUAUAUUGUACGUUGGUUUCUCAAGAGAUCUGAGAGUCAAGGAGUAUUUUGCUAGAAGCGAAGCCUCCAUUCAUGAACAAAGCAGCGACGAUGAUUAUGAAGAUUCGUUUGCAUUUGCAAAUGAUAGUGGGCCUGUGUUAGCAAUGUAUGAUAACAGCCCAUGGAGGAAGCAUCUUCUACCUGGAGAGAAUGGUGAAGGAGUUGUAAUUCCUUUUUUCCGAAUGAAAGAAGAACAGACAGGGUAUCAACAGCAUGCAUUCAAUAGCCUGGCCAGUGAUUUGAUUCCAUUGGAUAGGAGGCUUAAAGAUUACAGGCAGGCCAAGUGCAAAGUGAAGAAGUACAGACCAGAUCUCCCGACAACAAGUGUUAUUAUUUGCUUUCACAAUGAAGCUUGGUCUACACUUCUCAGAACUGUUCACAGUGUAAUUAACAGGACUCCACCUCGUUACCUUAAAGAAAUUAUCCUGGUAGAUGAUGCAAGCACAAGGGAUGACUUAAAGCAGCGGCUAGACGAUUAUGUCAUGAAUUUAGCAAAGAUACGAAUCAUAAGACUAUCAAAGCGCGAAGGACUCAUUCGAGCAAGGCUUCAGGGAGCCUCUAAAGCGAGGGGAGACGUCCUCACAUUUCUUGAUGCCCAUUGUGAGUGCACGAUAGGCUGGGUUGAGCCUCUCCUUGCACGAAUAAAGAAAGAUAGACGCUGUGUUGUAAUGCCUGUUAUUGACGAAAUCAGUGAAACAAACUUUCACUACAACGCUGUUCCCGAACCGUUUCAAAGAGGCGUUUUCAAGUGGAGGCUGGAAUUCACUUGGAGGCCUAUACCACAAUAUGAAAUGGAGAGGCGUUCUGAUGAGACAGACGGCAUAAAGACUCCUGUUAUGGCUGGCGGUCUUUUUUCGAUUGACAAAAAAUAUUUUGAAGAAAUAGGCACGUAUGACCAAGGAAUGGACAUAUGGGGAGGAGAGAAUAUCGAAAUAUCUUUUAGAAUUUGGAUGUGUGAGGGUUCAAUCGAAAUGCUACCUUGCUCUCGCGUCGGUCACGUGUUUCGACCUCGAUUUCCUUAUUCGUUUCCGAAUCGCAAAGGGCGUGAUGGCGAUGUCGUUAGUAGGAACUUGAUGCGGGUAGCAGAUGUCUGGAUGGACGAUUAUUCGAAGCAUUUUUAUAAUAUUAGGUUUGAUUUGAAACGAAAGGAGCACGAUGACGUCACUGAAAGAUUAGCUUUGCGGAAACAGCUAGGCUGUAAAACCUUCAAAUGGUACUUAGAUAAUAUAUAUCCGGAAUUAGAGAUACCUGAUGACAAUUACAUAGCAACCGGAGAGAUCAAGAAUCCGGAUACGAGCUUGUGCCUCGACACACUUGGAAAGCAAGACGGCGCUCCACUUGGGCUUUACUUAUGCCACGGACAAGGUGGAAACCAGUAUUUCACGUUCAACAGCCGAGGCGAGCUUCGAAGUGAAGACAACUGUGUGGACUACAACGGACAUGACCUCUAUUUACGAGAGUGUGACAACCUAGGUCUAAAUCAAAAAUGGGUCUACAAGAAAAAUUUGCUGAUGAAUAACAGAUUCAAAAUGUGUAUGGAAGUUAGGACUACAAAAUAUGUUAUGAUGGGACACUGCAGUGGUGCUAAAAAUCAAGAAUGGACCUUUAAUAAAGUAGAAGAUAUGAAAAGGUGAUCUAGACAUCACUUAUAGAAAUUUGAAAUAUAAAAAUUUAGCUCAAUUUCUUUUAAUGUAUACUAGGAUGUGGCUUAGAGCAACAUAAUUGGUAUGACAAUAAAUUUCUUAGUUUUCUACUAGGUAAACUUAACUUUCCUAAAUAUCUGCUGGUAGUAAAUAAGAUGAUGAUAUCAUUUUUUAUGACCAAAUCAAAUGAUUGCUUUUAACAAGAAGCAAAAUAAAUACCAGUUGAUCAAUACCAUCUUUCAAGGUUGUAUUUUGUAAGAGCUUUCUUAAAGACAAUGAAUUAUUUGUUACUUGUUUGAAUACAUGCAACAAAUUUCUUCUUCUGCAAAUAAUAAUUUAUGUCUUUAAAUAGUUGUCUAAUAAACAUAUUAAAGGUUACGGGUAUUAACAAUAUACUGGCUAGAAAAUUAACAUAGUUUUACUGUCAAAUUGUGUAGUGAUUAACAGUUAUUUACUGGCAUUCCCGCUAAGAGAAAAACUCUAAUAAUUCAACCUUAAAAAAGCAUCAUCAAUGUGUCCGUUGAACAUCAAUUAUUAUCAUGGCACCUAGAUAUCAUACUACAAAAUUUUGUUUUGAUUCAUUCAGGGUAUGAAAAUGACACAACACCUAAAUUUAGAUAUAGACACCCCAGUUCAUCUGUUUAAGAGAUAUGAAUAAAACAAAAUAAAUGAACAAAUUUAGUUAAAAUCAGUAUUGUGUUUAUUUUUAUUUGGUGUAUAUUAGUUAUAUUUUAAUGCAGGCAGAACUGAAGUAUAAUUUUUAGAUAUUUAUAAUUUUUGGAAAGAAGAAAAUCAGUUUGAGUGAUUUACUGUAACAGAUAUCAACUUGUGUUUUUGAGACAUUUCUAAACUAGAGGCUUCAAAUUUGAAAAAUACAACUGGUAUAGAAUGACAAAGCUAAAUACAAUUUUGAAAAUAUUUAAAAACAAAGGGAAAGAGUUUUGUCAAACUUCUAGCAAAGAUAUUUUCUAUGAAGAAAGGUGGUGUUAAAACAGCUAUCAAGAUACUGUUAAAAUUCUGUGUAUAUUAAAAAUUUCAAUUAUACAAACAUUUAAAAUCCAAUUUAUAACUAUUGAAACAUGUUAAAUCAGCUGUGUUUCUUACAAUAUAGCAAGCAAAGUGACAAACAAAAACAUAGAGUAGAGAGAAACUAUUUCUGUUUGUUUGCUUAAUGCAAAAGUUUCAAAACCAAUUGAUGGAAAAAUAUAUAAGAGGCUAUCUUAUAUCAUGCUUCUUUAUAAAAAAAAUUAUAUGAUUGACAAACAUUUCAUGACUGCCAUGGCGUACUUUCAGCACAGGGUUUACAAGGAAUGCACCCUGUCUUGCUUGUAAAAAAGAAGUUUGCACAUGUCACAUGCUUUAAAAUUGAAUGUUGAGAUCCCACUGAGAAUCACCAUAAUUAGCAAAGUGGGGUGCCAAAGUCAUACUUUGCAAUCUGCAUGUAUAUAAAACUUGUAUGCUGUUGGGAGAUUACUCAAGCAAUCAAUGUCCUAGUACAAUCAUGGAUACAAAACCAUAUCCAACUUGACAUCAGUUUCAGUACAAGGAAUCUCUGGACAAAUCUGAACACUGUACGCAAGUCCUACAGUGAAUGGUUUCUUGUGAUGUAGAUUGACAUGUUUUGCUAGGUAGUUAUCAUAAUAGGCCCUUCCUCUGCCAAGUCUUUGACCAUCUUUGGAAAAGCCAAGCCCUGGAAGAAUAAUAAGAUCAAGACCACCACUGUCCAUUGCUGUUUCACGUUCUUCAUUUUCAUGUGGCUGCUUGAUGUUCCAUGAUGUGAGCGGCAAAGCCUCAUAAUCUUCAAUCCCAUGAAGACGGACCAUCUUCAUAUCAUCAUUUGUGUACAAGGGAACAUAACACUUUUUGUCUUUCUGAAAGAUAUCCUUCAAGAUUUCGUUAGUAUCAACUUCAGAAGGCAUGCUCAAAUACACAGAAAUUCUAGAGCUUUGCUUAUAAAUUUCCAGAUUCAAGAGCUUGUCAGUAAUUAUUUUCGAUUCGUUUCUCUUCACAUUGUCCGUCAAUUUAUUGAUAGCAAUCUUCAAAGAUUUUCGGAGGGAUCGUUUCAGGUUGUGAACUGUAGACUGCAUCUCAAAAACCUUUGAAUAAUGGAAAUAAAACCAAUAAACGAAUCUGAUACACCACACCACUGUUCACCUCUCUCUGGAAAACACUUACGAUACGAGGAAGGUCCUGCGCCGUAACGAAAUGCCAGUAAUAUCAGAAGGAUUCACAAAUCUCAAAAUCUAGGACAAAUAGGCAGUAAAAUACUUAAUAUUGUUAUAAAUAUGAUAAAACUCUGUCACAUUACCUGGUACCUGGUGGUUACAAGAUACAAAAGUCUAGAGAAAUUAAGACAGAAUCAGGAAACCCUGAGACAUGUUCUCAAAAGAGGCAGUUUUGAAACGAGACAUCAUUCACUAAUCAUAUUUGGCGCGAAGGAGGCCAUUUAUUUUGAGUCGCAAGUCAGCAGAUUUGUGUAAAAUGCUUCGUUGCUGCUCAAAACCCAUUUGCGAAAGGCUUAAAUGGAACCUAAUCAAAAGAUGUUUUAUAGUUUCAAAGCUGAAAUGCAGUAGUUUAGCGAUGACUGAAGCUAUUGAAAAGAGUUCUCGUCUAACAGAAGGAAAGCUGAUAAUUUUGGAGGGUAACAUUGCCGCAGGCAAAAGUACUUUGUCAAAGCGUCUUGGAGAAUACUUCAAUUACGUG